AGUAAAUGUAGGGUUAGGGUUACUCAGUCUUGGAUAACUCCAGGGGAAAGCACCUCAGAUUCAUCUGAAAGGCAGCUGCGUGUGUCUGCAGUCCCGUGGAUGUAAAGACUAGAGAGUUUCUGGCGGCAGUGGGAAGACAGAGAUUCAAGCAGCCACUUGACACAAGGGGAUUCUAGUCCAGGUCAUUCACAAAUGGACAGCAGCACCAUCUUUUAACCAGCAGAAUGGAGAAGUCAUCCAGCAAUGAGACCCAGACUCUUACUUCUAAGAAAGAGCUCUUGGACUGUACGGAAGGUGAAGAUUGCAAAGAGAAUGGACUCCUGGUCAAGAACCCUAAAUCCACCCUGAAGCUGGUGGAGGAUGGGAAUAAGGUCCACCCCAGCCAGGGAGAUAAAGGGGAAGCAGGUCAGAUCUCCAAUGGCUACUCAGUGGUUCAGAGCCCAGUUCCUUGCAAUGGAAUAGGAGAUGGGGAAGAUGUCCAGUGCACGGCCCCAGCAGCCACCACUACCACCACCACCACCACUUCCACCACUUGUGGGGUGGAGGCUCAACCACAGCUGCUGGAGCUGGAGGAAAGAGAGACCUGGAGUAAAAAAAUGGACUUUCUUCUCUCUGUCAUUGGCUAUGCAGUGGAUCUGGGCAAUGUAUGGCGAUUUCCCUAUAUAUGCUACCAAAAUGGAGGAGGAGCGUUUCUCAUCCCGUACACGAUCAUGGCCAUCUUUGGAGGCAUCCCCCUCUUUUACAUGGAGCUAGCACUGGGACAGUACCACAGGAAUGGGUGUAUCUCAAUUUGGAGGAAAAUUUGUCCUAUUUUCAAAGGAAUUGGCUUUACUAUCUGCAUAAUAGCUUUCUACAUAGCCUCCUACUACAAUACCAUCAUGGCUUGGGCCCUCUACUACCUCAUUUCAUCCUUCACGGCAGAGCUGCCAUGGACCAGCUGCAAAAACGCUUGGAACACCGGCAACUGCACCAACUACUUCACCAAUGCCAGCAUUACCUGGACCCCACACUCCAUCUCCCCGGCAGAAGAAUUUUAUACCCGCCACGUUCUACAGGUGCAAAGAUCCAAAGGGCUGGAUGAUCUGGGAGGCAUUAGCUGGCAACUGACCCUCUGCUUAUUGUUGAUUUUCACUAUUGUGUACUUCAGCAUCUGGAAAGGGGUCAAAACAUCUGGCAAGGUGGUGUGGGUGACUGCCACAUUCCCUUACAUCAUACUCUUUAUCCUGUUAAUACGAGGGGCCACAUUGCCUGGAGCCUGGAGGGGGGUUGUCUUCUAUCUGCAGCCUGACUGGCAGAAACUCCUGGCCACUGAGGUCUGGGUGGAUGCUGCAGCUCAGAUUUUCUUCUCUCUUGGUCCAGGUUUUGGGGUCCUACUAGCUUUUGCCAGCUACAACAAAUUCCACAACAACUGCUACCAGGAUGCAUUGGUUACCAGUACUGUGAACUGCAUGACUAGUUUUGUGUCUGGAUUUGUCAUUUUCACUGUGCUUGGAUAUAUGGCUGAAAUGAGGAAUGAAGAGGUUUCGGAGGUUGCUAAAGAUACUGGGCCCAGCCUUCUCUUCAUUACCUACGCAGAGGCCAUUGCAAACAUGCCUGCUUCGACUUUUUUUGCCAUCAUAUUUUUCUUGAUGUUACUCACUCUGGGAUUAGACAGCACGUUUGCAGGGCUGGAGGGGGUGGUCACUGCAGUGCUGGACGAAUUCCCACAUGUUUGGGGAAAGCGCAGGGAAUGGUUUGUUCUUGGUCUGAUCAUCACUUGCUUCCUGGGGUCAUUAACAACCCUGACAUUCGGUGGUGCAUAUGUAGUGAAGCUGUUUGAAGAAUAUGCUACAGGCCCUGCUGUCUUAACAGUGGUGUUUCUGGAAUCCAUUGCAGUGGCCUGGUUCUACGGCAUCAACCAGUUUUGCAGUGACAUGAAGGAAAUGCUGGGCUUCACUCCAGGCUGGUACUGGCGACUCUGCUGGGUAGCAAUCAGCCCCAUCUUCCUUUUGUUCAUCAUUUGCAGUUUUAUGUCCAGCCCUCCUGAUCUACGGCUUUUUGAUUAUAACUAUCCCUACUGGACCACUAUAGUGGGUUACUGCAUAGGAACCUCCUCUGUUAUCUGCAUUCCAAUCUACAUGGCUUAUCGGUUGAUAAUCACCCCAGGAACAUUUAAAGAGCGUAUUCUAAAAAGCAUUACCCCGGAGACAGCCACAGAAAUUCCCUUUGGGGACAUCCGCAUGAAUGCAGUUUAAGUAACAUUUUGGGGGGGGGGGAGGGGAAAAGGUGUAAAAGUUUAACUUUCCCCAUGCUCCCCAACCCUCCAUAUUCCCCUUUCCAAAUAAUUGAGUUUCCAGCUGAGCCAAGGAAUGGGUGAGCGUUUUCCAUGGAGGCCCAGACAACGGCAAUGUGCAUCUGGAAAAUUGGUGCCUCCAGCAUACAGAUCCAAGCAUUUCAACAAAAUCUGCUGCGCACUUCAAACCAGACUACGAGUUCACAGCUGAACUGAUUCAUUCUGAAAACAUGAGGAUGCAUAAACCACUAUAGGAUGAGUAUCAUCUAUUAGGAUUAGAUUUAGAAUCUCAAAUCUGUGACAGUACUCCUGUAUUUUUCUCAAUGUGAUCAUUUGUACUGGACCAUGUUGUAUUUGCUUCUAAAGAUCUCAUUGCUUAAACUGAGUUGAAAAAUACAGGAAAAUAGUUCUGAUAGCCAUAUAUUACCUGAGUAAUACAGAGUUUUCUUGCUUAAAAAUAAUAGGACCCUCAGAUCCUUGUUUUGCUGUGGAGUAGGGAGAGAAAGAUGUAGGAAACAACCCUGAAAAGCACUAUGUAUGAAGACUGUGUCCAGUUGCACACACAGUUGGUAGCAUUAUUCCCCUUCCUUCUUUAUACCACUUACUUUUCUGCACUUUAUGGACCACACCAGUUUUCAUUAGUUAUUUCUUGCAUAACAAGCACUUCACAAAAGAAUGAUUUUUAAAAUUCAGGACUUCACAAAAUACUCAGCCUCUUCUCUAUUCUCCUCUGGUACCAGUUAUACAAAACCCUCAGCCCAUCCAGCUCUUUGUCAUAGGUCAGCUGGCAAAUGUUUAAGUUGUUAGCAACUGCUACACUCUGGUGCCAUCUCCCUGUCUCUUUUAGCUGUAUAUUCAUGAUGAUAUUUUACAGACAGACUUAGCUUAUUUAUUCCUUUAGAAACUGUAGCCCAGUGGUGAAUUGUUUGGAGGUCAGAUGCUAGAGGUUGGACCAUCAGAGCUACAUAGACUUCUUUUACAGCUUUUUAUCGGAAUCAAACUGUGUUUUUUCCUAUUGUUUUCUGUUGCAAAACUAAAGCUUAGGGUA